GCUUAGUCAGAGAAAAAAGUUUCUCUCUGGCUUAGUCAUUCUGUAGCGAGGAAUGGUGCGAGCAGUGCUAGCUCGUGCUAAUUAACAAUAUUCGUUGUGUAAUUAAUCUUGGCUGUAUUAAAUCCAGAUACUAUUAAUCAAAGAAGUUAUUUAAUUAAUUUUGAAUAACUCAAAAAUGGUUCAAGAAAAUUCGAACGAGAGCAACGAAGACAACCAUGCAAUGGAUUGCGACGCAGAUGAGUUGGCACAAAUUCAAAAAAAGGUCGUGAAAAAUGGUAAAAGUGUUAAAAGAGGAAUAAUCUAUUUGUCCACAAUUCCGAAAUAUAUGAACAUCACGAUGAUCCGAGAGAUGUUUUCUGCUUAUGGGAAAGUAGGCAGAGUAUAUCUGCAGCUAGUCGACAAUGAGACACAAUCAGUGAAACAUAAAAAGAAAACCAAGAAAGUAAUCAAGCAUUUUACUGAAGGUUGGAUAGAAUUUGAAAGUAAAAAAGUAGCAAAAUUUGUAGCAGAGACGUUAAACAAUACUCAAGUAUCCACAAGAAAGAAAAGCAAAUUCUAUGAUGUUAUGUGGAAUAUAAAGUAUUUGCCUAGAUUUAAAUGGAUUCAUUUGAGUGAACGAUUAGCAUAUGAACGCGCAGUUCAUAAGCAAAGACUUUUAACAGAGAUAGCGCAAGCUAAGAGAGAAAUUAACUUCUUCUCAUAUAAUGUAGACAGAAGUAAAAAGCUGCGUAGAAAACAUGAACAAGGGGAGGACACGACGUUUGAAUUGCCUGAAGUUAAACAAAGGGAUACUGAUAAUGAAAUAAGGAAUAAGAAAGCAAAUACACGAGUAGAAGACAGAACAGAAUUCCUUAAAUCGAUAUUUGGAUAACAUUUUUUUAAAUAAAACUGUAUGGAAGAAAAUUAUGGAAAUAACAUUCAGUAAGCAAAAAAUGUUUACAAGAGGCAGACAUAGUUCAUCACUCAUGAA